AGCAUGUCGCCGCUCCGCGUCUGCAUCGUCGGCUCGGGGAACUGGGGAUCAGCUAUAGCAAGAAUCAUUGGCAAAAAUGUCCAGAAGUCCAACAGAUUUGAUCCUACUGUCAGGAUGUGGGUGUUUGAAGAGAUUAUCAAUGGAAGAAAACUCUCAGAAAUAAUCAACCAGGAACAUGAAAAUGUUAAAUAUCUGCCUGGAUACAAGCUACCCAAAAAUGUGGUGGCUGUACCUGACAUAGUGGAAGCAACAAACGGGGCAGACAUUUUAGUGUUUGUUCUGCCACAUCAAUUCAUCGGACGGAUUUGUGAGCAGAUUGCCAGCCAGAUGAAACCUGGGACCUUUGGGAUUUCACUGAUCAAGGGGGUCGAUGAGGGUCCUGAUGGCCUGAAGCUCAUCUCUGACCUCAUUCGAGAGAAACUGAAAAUAGAAAUCAGUGUGCUGAUGGGAGCCAACAUAGCCAAAGAAGUGGCUGAUGAGCAGUUCUGUGAAACCACCAUUGGCUGCAAAAAUGAAAAGCAAGGGGAAAUCUUUAAAGAAUUACUGCAGACCCCCAAUUUCAGGAUUACUGUGGUGCUUGACUCUGACACAGUAGAGCUUUGUGGAGCCUUAAAAAACAUCGUGGCAGUGGGAGCCGGGUUCUGCGACGGGCUGGAUUUUGGUGAUAACACAAAGGCAGCAGUGAUUCGCUUGGGCCUCAUGGAAAUGGUGGCCUUUGCCAAGAUGUUCUGCAGGGGAGAGGUAUCAACAGCCACUUUUCUGGAGAGCUGUGGUGUCGCUGACCUAAUCACUACCUGCUACGGGGGACGCAACAGAAAAGUAGCAGAAGCUUUUGCCCGCACAGGAAAAUCCAUUGAGGAACUGGAAAAUGAGAUGCUGAAUGGACAAAAGCUGCAAGGUCCUCUGACCUCAGCUGAAGUCUACAAGAUUCUGCAACAGAAAAAUAUGCUCAAUAAGUUUCCAUUGUUUACAACCAUCUACAAGAUCUGCUAUGAGGGUCAGUCGGUCCAGGAUUUCAUCACGUGCCUGCAGAACCACCCAGAGCACAUGUAG